AUGGAUCGGAACUCAACCCAGAGCAUUACACGUGGGCUCACGGUGUCGGUAGCAUCAUACUUAAAACAAAGCGGUCCCCCAGCAGAAGACUCAGCACAAGAGGCGAGAUCGGCAUUCCCCACGCGCAUCAGACUCGACUUACCAUACUUCAAACACGACAUACAGGCCAAGUGGCCAACCGACGAGAGAUGUCGCUUCGAGAGGUACAGAUUAACUCGUUUCCCAUCGGUUAAUAUUGGAAAAAGGCCCUGGUCAGAGGAAGAGCUACAGUGGCUUGGAAACGAGGGCAUAAACUUCGACGAAAUGGUUGAGAGGACCACGAUUCGUCAUGACGAGGAACACCCUGCGGAUGCUGGGAUCAAGACUCGUAAAGUUGUCACGAUUUUGAGAGGAAAACACCGGGCACAGUGGCUAAAGAACCCGUUCCAGGAGCACUUUGACCUUGAUACGAGAUCCUGUGAAGCGUACGCGUGCGAUCGGGCGUUUUCCUUCGCCCAGAACGGUUUUGUGUACCAAGUGUGGGGUGAUACCCAGCAGUUCAUGUGUAUGUAUGGUUACGAGUAUGAAGUUAACGAUGACUGUAGGAUAGCAGCUAUGCAGGUCAAGGAUAUCAUGAGAGAGCAGUGGGAAGACGAGGACGAGGACGUUUGCGAGUGUGAGCACGAUAAGUGCGAGUGCGUUGAUGGUAUUGACUAA